GCUGCUUUGCUCCUCAAGCUAGCGUAUUGCUAGCGCAAAAUGGACAGGUUUUUGAAGAAGAGACCGAAGGAACAAACCAACAGCCCUGCUGUGGAGGACACUGCUGCGAAAAAAACUAAGAAGUCCUGGCCAACUAAAAUCCGAAAAUACGAGGCAGCAUACAUUAAGUAUGGCUUUACAGCCAUACAGAAAAAUGGCCGUGAUUGCCCGAAAUGCGUCCUCUGUCUGGAGACCCUGUCAAACGAGUGCUUAAAACCUUCGAAACUUCAGCAUCACUUGGUACAAAAACAUCCGACAGAUGCCGAAAAAACAGUAGAUUUCUUCAGACGCAAAGAAGAGCAUUUGGUCAGGCAAUCUGCUGCAUUCACCCAGCAAGCUACUGUCCCCGAGCGGGCCCUGAAGGCAUCAUUUUUAGCCUCGUACCACAUUGCUCGUGGUAAAAAACCUCACUCAACUGGAGAAGAUUUGAUUUUACCAGCCACCAAAGACAUUGUCCAAGAAUUGCUUGGUGAGGAUGCUGCCAAAAAAAUCGAUGCUGUCCCACUCUCUGAUAACACCGUGAGCCGACGGAUUGGUGACAUGGCUCAAGACGUAUCUGCUCAGCUGUUGGAGCAGGUGAGAGCCAGCAAAUACUUCGCACUUCAGCUGGAUGAGAGCACAGAUUUAUCCAAUGAGGCCCAACUGCUUGUGUAUAUCAGAUUUAUUUCACAGGAAAGAUUUGUGGAGGAAAUACUAUUUUGUAAAGCACUUGAAAGAAGAACUACUGGGAAAGACAUUUUUCAAGUUUUGGACGAUUACAUCGAGUCUAACGGAUUGGACUGGACCCGUUGUGUGGGGGUGUGUUCGAACGGAGCCACGGCAAUGACCGGGAAGAUUAGUGGAGUGACCGCGCUCAUUAAACAGAAGGCCCCGCAUGUAGUGGCCACACACUGCAUGCUCCAUCGCGAGGCACUGGUCGCAUAAAGGAUGGAUAACGAGUUGAAUCAGCAUUGUCUGUGGGUUUGCAAAGGGGGUCCCCGGCCAGAAGCUGAUGCUGUUUGGGGGGCCUUGGCAUGGAAAAGUUUGGG